UCUGACCUGUGUUUCUUUUUGUGGAAUCGUGAAGAUAUACGGAAUAUGUAUUUAGUUUCUCAGAUGAAAAUUUGGUGUCGAUGGACAUGUUGUUUGCCUCCCUUGCACAUAUCCUGCUCCCUCAUAUUUCUCAACUGUUUUGAAACACUACAACUGCUAUAUAGAUUAAAGAUUUGCCUGCUAAAAAGAGCAACGCCCCGCGUCGUCUCGGCUGAGGCGGCACGGGCGGAGACUCGAUCGCGCCGCCGGGCCGCCCUCCCGCCCCCCUCCUUCUUCCCCUCGCCGUCGCCGGAGGAGGCCGCCGGGCUAAGCCCUGGCGGCGGACGGCGGCGGCGGGGGCGUUUUCCUCUCGCCAGGCCGCGAGAUCUCGGGAUGGGAAGGCUCGAUCCCCUUUUUCCGCGUCGCGCGAUGGAUCCGUCGGGGGCUUCUGCUGCGGCUCCGGCGGGCCACUGUGUCUCCUGGCAGCGGCCUUCGCGGGUGGCAGCCGCGAUAGCCCCGUCGGCGGGCGCCUGGCCUCCGGCCCGGCUGCUCCUUUCCGACGCGUCGGGGCGGGCGCGCCCCCCCCCCCCCGCCUGCCUUGUGGGGCGCGGUCCCCGGUCGGGCCGGUGGUGGGCUGGCCUCUGGUGGCUCCUGUUGCGCAGCGGUGGUGGGAUGCCAGAUCGGCCGGAUCUGGCCUGUCGGCGUCUUCUCGUCCGGCGGGGAGGUGAGGUGUGGUGGCUCUCCGAUGCUGCUGGCGCGGUGGCUUCGCGAGAGGUGGGCGGGUCAGCGAAGGUGCAGUGCGUGAGGGUGCUGGUGGUGUUGGGGAUACUCCGGGCGAAAGCUUGGCUGGUCUUGCCGACCGGCGGCGUCGGCGUCUGUGGACGUCGUUUAACCUCCUUGGAGGCGUCGUUGUGGAGUCCGGCAUCCCCUUACGCCCUCGGAUCUUGCUCUUCGGGUGAAAGCCUAAGGCCCGGCUGGGUCGGGCGACGGCGUCGACAUCGCCGCUUCCCUCUUUGGGGCGUCGCCUUGAAGAGCUUCAGAUCCCGGUUGCAUGCUUCAUGGGAUGGAUGCUCGCGGCAUUGUGGUCGGUCGUUGUAGCAUACCAGUUUGAUGGCCUAAAUUCUAUGGAGAGAAAAUUUGGUUUCCGGAAUCGAUCUACUCAAAUCAACAGGUUUUUCAUAUCACAAACACAUGCAUAUUGUAAGUUCCAUCCAUGAAGCAAUGAAAUAAGCCGACACAUGCAGCUAGUUUGCUGUUCUGACAUUUUCCCUUUUUAAGUAUAUUACUUUUCUCUCUAUCUGCAUAUUGGGUUGUCAAUCUUUCCUGGAGUGGAUUUUCUGCUACAGCUUCUAACAGUAACUAAUCCAGGAAAGAACUUCUGAUCUUUUAUCUAAAUGUUUUGUAGAACCCCCCAGAUUGAACAUAUAUAUUGCAUGCUGUCCA